AUGGUUCAUAGAAGUAAACCGAUUAAUGAAAUUAAUAAAUUCACCAAAUUAUUUAAUGAUAGUAUAUUUAUAAAUGGAGUUUGUAAAUUUGAUAUUCAAGAUCCAUUUGAUAAAACUAUAUUAAAAUAUAUUGAAAAAGAAAAAGCGAUUUACUGUGGAAAGAAGAAAUAUGAAAACGUUAUUAUUAUUAAAGGGAAUCGGAUUAGUAUAAUUCCUAAUAGCAUACAAAGUGUUAAAUGUAAUGGUAGGAAUUUUAAGUUUAAAGCUGAUGGCAAGGAUGAUGAAAAUGAUUAUGAAGAGUGGAGACCAUUUAAUGAAGAGGGGUAUUUUGAUAUGUCAACUGAUUUUGCAAAUAUUAUAUGUUAUAAAAAAACCAUCUUUAAUAUUGAUAUUAAAAUAUUUGAGGAGACAAUUGCAUUGACUGUUAUAAAAAAUAUUUCACAAUUUGAUGAAGAAAAAGAUGAUGAACCAAGUGUUAUAAUGAUAGGAAUUGAUUCAAUGUCAAGAAGUAAUUUUAUUCGUUCAUUACCAAAAACAUAUAAAUUUUUACAAGAACAUGAUUUUAUUGAUUUUAAAAGACAUGUAAAAGUUGCUGAUAAUACAUAUGGUAACUGGAUUGCAAUAUUAACUGGUCUCCGAGCAUCAUGGUCAUCAGAUAUGAAAAUGGAAUUAACAGAUGCUUGGAAUUUAUGGUAUGAUGAUUUUCCAUUAAUAUGGAAAAAUUUUACUUCACAUAAAUAUGUUACAUUAUUUGCUGAAGAUCGCCCCGACAUAGCAACAUUUAAUUACCAUGGUAAAAUGUAUGGAUUUAAAAAACAACCAACAACUCAUUAUUUUCGUAAUUUUUGGCUUGAUGUAGUUGAUACACUAAAAUAUAAACAAAGUAAAGCAGGAUGUUAUGGUAGUAUACCUAACACAAAAUUACAAUUAAAUUAUUUAACUAAUUUCUUAAAUAAUUAUAAGACAAAAAAAAAAUUUGCUUGGUGGUGGUCUACAGAAAUGAGUCACGAAUAUUUAAAUACCAUCUCAUCUAUGGACAAUAUUUACUUAAAUUUUUUUAAAAACACUAUAGAUAAAAUGAAAAAUAGUAUUAUUAUUGUAUUUUCUGAUCAUGGCCAUAGAUAUGACGCCAUUAGGGAGACAAAUGUUGGUAGAUAUGAAACUAGAUUACCUUUUUUAAAUAUUUAUUUACCUAAUAAUUUAAAAAAACUUUAUCCAUUUUUAAAAAUAAGAAUGAUAGAAAAUAGUGAAAAAAUGACAACACAAUAUGAUUUACAUGAAACAUUAGUAAGUAUAUUAGAAAAAAAAUGGGAAAAAAAUGUUACAGAAAGGAGGGGUUACUCAUUAUUUCAUCAACAUCCAAAUCAAAGAAGAUGUAAAAGUUCUGGUAUUCCAGCAAAUUAUUGUCCCUGUAAUACAGAGUUAAUUCUUUCACCUGAAGAAUCAACAGAAGUAUCAACUUUUUUAAUUAAUUAUUUAAAUGACAAAUUAAUUAAUUUUAAUAAUUUUAUAAAAUCAGACAAAAAAUAUAAAUGUAAAACAUUUCAAUUAGACAAAAUAUUACAUGCCUCUCUUAUAAUUCCAUCAGAUGUAAUAACUUUUAAUGAAACUCCUGGAAUUAAUAGUUUUUCAAAUCAUCUAACAAUAACAUAUCGUUUAAUGGUACAAAUGAAACCACCAUCAGGAGCGUUAAUUGAAGCAUUGAUAGAAAAAAAUCUUUCAACAAAAGAAUAUUCAAUAAAAGAAGAAAUAGAAAGAAAUAAUAAAUACGGGAAUACAUCUUUUUGUGUUAAUGAUGCACAAAUGCAAAAAAUUUGUCAUUGUUAUGAAAUAUAA